CCACUAAUCAAAAAUCAUUCUUCUGAUUCGGUGCUGUCCAAUAAUCACAUCGUAUCAUCAUUCGCCACCUUACAAUUCCACAACCCAUUAAUUUUUAGAUUCCAUAUUUCGAAUCAAAUAAUACAGUAACAAUCAAAGCCCUAAUUCCAAUCGAAUUCACAUUCUUCAUUUCUCAGGUAUAUUAUUUGAUCAAUUCAGGUUAUUGCUAUGGCUGACGAGAAUGUUGCCAACGGGGAGGUUUUUGAUGAUGCAGUGGAGAUCGAAGGAGAGGAGGAUUCUGAUGGUGCAUUGAAAACCUCUCCUUUGACGCAGAAAAUAGCUGCCUUAGAGCAAGAGAACAAUCAACUUUUUCAUGAGAACCAAGUUGUCAAAGAGAGGAUUGAGAAAUUGAAGCACUCGAUUGAGGAAAUGGAGAACGAGAAGGUCGAGUUACAGAAGAAGGCAGAGAAGUUUGAGUCGGAGAAUAAGGCUUUAGGAUCAGUAGCUGCACGAGCAGCGGAGCUCGAGGGCGAACACUCGCGGCUGCAGCAUGAUCUCAUAACUGCGAUGAACGAUCUAGAAGAAUCGAAUUCGGAGUUAUCGAAACUGAAGUUGGCUCUGGGGGGGUUGCAGAGUAGUGAUGACGAGAAGAGUGGAAAAUUGAGUGCCAUUGAGAGUGAAAGGAAUUUGUUAUUGUUGAAAGUCGAGAAGUUGGAAGCUAGUGGAAAUGAUCAGAGGGCUGAAGUAGAAGUGAAGGAGAAAGAAAUUAGGGGCUUAAAGAAGAAGAUUGAGGAUUUAGAGGCUACUGUGAUGAACAACGAGGCAUGGAAAAAGGAGAAGGAGGCGCUUCAUAUGGUGAAAGAUGAGUUGGAGAAGAGGAUAACGGAGAUGAUGGGUAAAGUGGCUGAGUUGGAGAAGAAGUUAGAGGAGAAGGAAACGUUGAUUAAUGAAAGAGAUGUUGACAGCAAUGUUAAUGGAAUUCCAGGAGCGGAGAAUAAGGUUGUAUCUUCGGGUGUAAAAGUAGAUUUGACAGUGGUGGCUGUAUCUUCAGUUGUUGCAGUUGCUAUUGUAGGCAUUUUGUGCUAUUUUCGAUGUGCAAGAAAACCAUAAACUCAGAACUUGGUCUUGAACAGGUCGAGUUUUUUGUCUGACCAAGUUAUGGAUUUUACAAUUUUGAUAGCACUUUGCUUAUGUUGCGCUUUCUUACUUAGCUUUUUAUCUCACUUGACACUAGAUUGGAUGUUGGCUAGUGGCCAUGAAGUACGUUUUGUUUGCGAAAGUGGACAAAGCAACAUAUUUCUGUUAGUACUUCUCUUUCUGUGAGUUUUUAUCGCAACCUUUUUUUUCCAUUUAAACAAGGUUUGUUGGUGUAACCAUUCAAAAAAAGCAUUUGUAUUGCACUUCAACACUGGAUUCAUAUAUAGUAUUGAAUGUCUCAAAUAAUUGAGUUCCUAUA